AAGAUGAAGAUAACAGACUUCGAGAACAGGAGGAGUUUUAAAUCCAUAUGGCUCAACAGCCAGUUCAGAGAGGAGGAGAUCACCCUCUACCCUGACAAGCACGGCUGUGUGCGGGACCUUUUGGAAGAAUGUAAAAAGUCAGUUGAGCUUUCUGAAAAAGGCUCUGAGAAGCUCAGGCUGUUAGAGAUAGUAAGCUAUAAAAUCAUCGGGGUUCACCAGGAGGACGAGCUCCUAGAAUGUUUAUCUCCGGCUGCCAGUCGCACCUUCAGAAUAGAGGAGAUUCCUUUGGAUCAGGUGGACUUGGACAAGGACAGCGAAAUGCUAAUCCCUGUCGCUCAUUUCCACAAGGAAGUCUUCGGCACCUUCGGGAUCCCCUUCUUGCUUAAGAUCAGACAGGGUGAGUCAUUUCGGGAGGUGAUGAGGAGGAUCCAGACCAUGCUGGACAUCCAGGAGAAAGAAUUUGAGAAGUUCAAGUUUGCGAUUGUGAUGAUGGGCCGGCAUCAGUACAUCACUGAAGACGAGUACGAGGUCAACCUGAAGGACUUUGAACCACAGCCAGGUAACAUGUCCCACCCGCGCCCCUGGCUAGGGUUGGAUCAUUUCAACAAAGCUCCAAAGAGAGGUCGCUACACCUACCUGGAGAAAGCAAUCAAGAUCCACAACUAAAGCAGCCCACCCUUCCUCGUCGUCCUCCUCCUCCUCAUCCUCCUCCUCCUGCUCCGCCUUCCUCCCUACCUACCCUACUUUAACACACCCAUAACCACAGACUGUAACCAACUGUGUGUGUGCGUGCGUGUGUGUGUUUGUGUGUGAAAGACUGUGUGGGUAUGCGUGCGUGCUCGUGUGUGUGUGUGUUCAUCACUUUUAACACCCCGCCUGGACACCUCUACAGCUCUACACCGGCACUAUGUCUUCAGCGAUACGGAUCUUGCUGCAGCUGACGGAUUAUUCUUCAACCACAAAAUAAACUGCACCAACCACCUCCUGACUGUUUAUUUUGCUGUUUAUAUCUUUUCUUUUCUUUUCUUUUUUUUUAAAAAAAAGCCCCCCCCUUACGUUCGAGGCUACUUGUUUUGGUUUUUUUUUCUUGUUUUUUUUUCUGGCUUCUCUUAACUGUUGGCUGCCUGUUUUGGUUUUUUGUUUUUUCCCCUAUUUUUUUUGUUGCCUGUCUGGAAGUGUGAGAAAUGAAAUUGGAUUUUAAAAUGAAAUAAGCGGAGACGGGAGAGGAAGUGGGACACAGUAUAAAUAAAUAAAAAAUAUAUAUAUAUACAUAAAUAUAUAUAUAUAUAUAUACGAACUUCUAGACUUUAGGUUUUUUUUUUCCCCUCUCCCAUGUCACUCACCAGCUUUUUUUUUCCCUUCGAUUUUCCUUUUUUUUUUUUUCUUGGGUUGUUUUUAAAUAAAGAGUUGUUUGAAGAGGCAUCAUGCUGCUGUGUGGAGAGUUUGAUGGAAGGAUGUUUGCGAGGACUAACUGACAAAAAAAAGGGGGAGAGGGCCCGAUGGCCGUUCUGCAGAUACAUUUUUUUUUGUUUUUUCAAAAGCGGCUGCUAACUGGCGUCCAUCCUCUUUUAAAAUGCCUGAGGCUCACUAGUUGCCCUGAUGUGGUUCUUAUAUUUUCUGUUCCCAUCCUUUAGUGCAAAAAAAAGAAAAAAAAAAAGUAUUUCCAAGUUUACACACACUUCUUUCUCACUUAGUUUUGCUGGGAGGUAAAAUAAAUGAUUUUUUUUGUCUCUUUCUGCCGAUCUUGUAUAAUAAAAAUAAGAAUCCACAGCAUCUGUUUAAAAAUAAAUGGGGAGAAAUAAGGAAGAAAAUUUGUCUGUAUUUCAUCUUGCACGUUGGCACUUAACGUCAGAGGUUUCUCAGGACUGGCAAAUGUACAUUUUGGCUGUGAUUUUUUUUUAGUUUUUUUUUUAGUUGCUUAGUGAUUUUAAAGGAACACACACACACACACAAAUACAUUACACCCUCCUUGAUUCUCUUCCUGUUUGUUAUUUGAGGGUUUUCAUGUCUUUUUCAGUCAUUCCUCUGAACACACACACACACACACAUUCUCUCUCUCUCAAAGCUUCAUCUUCUCCCUCCCAUCUUAUCUUGAUUGAAACUGUCGCCUCCAGGUGGUUGGGAGCAGUAACUGCGCUGUGCUUUGGUAGGGAGCUGCAGACACUUAGAGCCCCACAGGUUUGAGGAUUUGUGUAGAGACAAAACCAGCAUUGUAAGAAACACUUUAAGCCCUAUGAAUUUAUUUUUCUUUUUGGUUGUUUUAUUUCUUUUAAAGCACAGAUUGAAUGCUCCCCUAAUAGCGCAUAGCUGGCUCUGUAAAGACAACAUUUAAGAAUUGUAUAUUUAAAAAUAUGAACGUGUAAAAUUUAAGAGAAACACGCGCCUUUGUUGUUGGGUACAAAAGGAGCCAGGUGUUCAUAUUUCUUGUGUGUAGGGUUUAUUUUCUCCUUUUUUUUGCGUUCCUGAUGUACCAUUGACGAUUUUUUCUGUUACAUUUGGAGUUUUUUCUUUUCUUUUCAAAACUAACGGCAUUGGUUUUGUCUUGUUAAAAAGUGCAGUACAAAGAUGACCUGCAGAAUCACACCUUAAUUUGAUCUUUUCCAGUUUAAAAUCCUCAGUGUAGCAGCAGUGUACGACAACUAUUCCUGUAUAUUGCCUUUUUGCUGGAAAAUGUAUGUUGAAUAAAAUUUUCUAUAAAAA